CCCAGAAUCCCCACCCUCCCCUCCCCUCCCCAUUACAGCCUCUGCCCGCCGCCUCUCUCCCUCACUUCUCACACUCACGGCGGCUGCACGCCUCACGCCUGAGAAGCCACCGGCACCGCCGCAGCAACUGGUGCUCGCUGCAGCCUCACGCGAGCAGAGCAGCGGCAGCAGCAUCCCGUGGCCCUCAUCUCGCCGUUCUCCAGACAACUCCAGCCUCCCAGCAGCAGCCUCUCGUCGCCCUCAUCUCUUCGGUGUCUAGGGUCGCCGUCGGCCGUCACGCUCACCGCCUCCAGUUCACGAAUUAAGAUGUUUUAUUUACCUAGGGCUCGAAAGAGCAGUGCCCUCUUUGAUUUGCAUUGAAUCGAGGUCUCCGGCCACCAUUUUAUAACGCGUCGCUCGACCUCCGCCCACCUCCGCCUCGACGUCCUUCUGCCCUGCCGUGAAGAUCUGCCUUCACCGGCCGAUCUGUACCAGCAGGAAUUCAGCCUCCGCCGCUGUCCUUCGCCAUCACACCUCCGCCGCCGUCUCUGCAGGGAAUCAGCCACCGGUUUGAGGUAUGUAAUUUCAGUUAAUUUUGUUUUAAUUUCAGUUAAUUAAUUUUAUUAUAAAUCAGAAAAAAAUAGUAUAAAUUGUCACUAUGAGCUCUCUGAGAAACCUUGAUUUUUUUCUGCCUGUAGCUGCCCUAGACUGUAGAUUUUGCAGAUGGUUUUGUGCUGUCCAGAGCUGAUGCAGAUUGUUAUUUGGUAUUUAUUUUCUGAAGGAAUUUUGUAAUAGAAAUUUGAAAUGUAUAGCAUAAAUAAUAUGGGGAUGAAUCUAGAGUCAGUCAAAUUACUGUCUCUUUGAGUCCUUAUAACUUCACAAUUGUAGACCUUCCUAUAGAUUGAUAUAUGUAUUGGGAGAAGUUACAAAUAAGAACCACUAUAUAAAAUGAGAAUGGAGAACCAGUGAGAAAUGAGAAUACAUGAAUAAAUCAAUAAAAUCAAUGAACAAAACAAUGUAACACAUGAACAGCCACAUUCAGUUAAUGUGGUUGUUCAUGUGAUACAUUUAUUUGUUCAUGGAUUUCAUUGAUUUUUUCAUGAAUUUCAUGGAUUUGUUCAUGUAUAAUUCUCACUUAAUCCCAACCCUGUAUCUGCUGCAUUUCUACCAGGAAUUGUAUGGUGAUGAAUGAAUAGGGCACUGUAAUGAAGAAAAACUCAUUUAAAAUACGAAAACGUCCUGCUUUAUUUCCUACCGGAUUGUGUUUAAACUCUCGACAGAUUUGUUAUAGUUCUCUUUAGCCGUUCUCUGGAUUUGUUCAGUUUGAUUUCUUGCAAAUCAAAGAAGCAUAAAGGUUGAGAAUGUUUAUGUUCAUCUUGGAGAUUCUGACUGGAAGUUAACAGGAAAGCUCAUCCUUACAGCAGCAGGGGUUAGCAAAUAUUGUUCAAUGAUGAAAGAGCUCAGCUGUCAAAAUUGUGAAGCAUACUGAAUUUUAUUCAUAGCUUCAUGAAAUUCGAAUAGGGCUUCCUCGGAAUGAAGCUUGUGGAAUUGUUUUAUAAACUUCUUCGGUAUACGUUUUCUUUAUCUUUUUAAAUUCCUGAUUUUGAGUAUUAGGCAUAAAGUUAGACUUAAAGAUCACCACUCUAAACAUAUUUCCUUUUGUCACGUUUCUAACCGUGAAAAGUUGUCAAUGCAAGAUUUUGCUGAAAUCUGAAUAUUGGUGUUACAGACAUAUUUGCAGUCUACAACACUAAGAUUAGAGGAGAUGAGGGUGAAAAGACGAGAUGCAGAGCAAUGGAUGUCUCGCUGUCUUCUUCCAGAGAGUUUGAGGCAACGGAUACAAAUAUACAAAUGGCAGGAAAUUAGAGGUGUCGAUGAAGAUAAUCUGAUUCCCAAGGACCUGAGAAGAGACAUAAAACAUCUCUGUUUAGCUUUUAUACUUGCAGGGUUCAUCGGGCCAAUGUAUGCCAAAGAGAUUCUUCAAAAAGAAAUGCUUUCUCAUGUUGGUGUUGGGGAGUACUGUGAGACAAAAUCAGCUACAUUGUUGCCUCUACACAAGGCGUACCCCGUCAUCCCUGCUGCAUCGGCCAAAGCUGGCAACGCAUCAGCUGAUGAGGCCUUGCUCUGCAAAUCUGGCACCUUGAAUCCACGGAAGGCGAAGGGGAAGUUUUGGUGUGCCUACGAGGGGACAAUGUGAGAGUUGACAAGGGCGAGCAAGCUGCCUUGGCUGGUGCAGUAGGGAUGGUUUUAGCUAACAAUGAGGCUUCUGGUAAUAAAAUUCUUGCUGAUCCUCGUGUUCUCCCUGCAUCACACAUCAACUUUUUCGAUGGCCUCACCCUUUUCUCUUCACACAUCAACUUUUCCGAUGGCCUCGCCCUUUUCUCCUACAUCAACUCAACGAGGUUCGAAUCAUGAAUCAUGAAUCAUGGAUCAUAUUGAAAGCUUUUUCUGACAUGGAGAAGUUCUUGCUUUCUUUGACCUUUCGAAAGCUUCUGGGAACUAUUAUGACUUGUGGAUUUUGAAUGUAGGAUUCUCUAUGAAAAAUACUAUUAUGGUGUAGCUUUUUAGAUGUUCAUUAUGGUGUUGGGAGAUGUUGUAAAACAAUGGAUCUUAUUUUGUGGAUGUUGGAUUAUUAGUUGUUAUCAAUGUUUAAAUGAGCAUUUUUAGUA